CUGAACUGAACGUGAGCUCCUGCCGGAAAGAGCUGCACCAUGAAGAUAGUCCUCCUCCUCUCCUUGCUGACCCUGGCCACCCUCUGUCUUUGCAAGCAAGAUGCUCAAGCUGGGCCCCAAGACUCUGGCAAAAAAACUGCAUUUGCCUCCAAACGAGACAGCAGCGAACUGGUGAGACCAAAGCGUUACCUGUACAACUGGCAAGGGCUUCCCGCUCCCUACCCUGACCCCUUGGAGCAGAAACGAGAGGUGUGUGAGCUCAACCCUGAUUGUGACGAGCUGGCUGACCACAUCGGCUUCAGCGAGGCAUAUCGGCGAUUCUACGGGACGGCCUAGACCCCCAGACGCCCGCUCCCUUCCUCCAGUUUGCUUGCCGUGCUUGUACGUCCUGGCUCUGCCCUCCCUCUGAGACCCCCGACCUACUUCCCUGCCCUCAAGCUACAAAGCUGUUCCCCGACCCCCUACCUGUUCCCUGAUGCUCCCCCCAUUCACACAGCCAGUCCAUUGCCAGCUCCGAAGUUCCU